AUGGCGAUCGGAACAAUGACCAAUGUCAAGCACAACCUGAAGGAAGAUCCGCCUGGGCUGGGUGCUCCAGUGCGUGGCCGACCAGACACGCACCUGCCGGCUGCAGACCACCAAGAUGACAAGUCUGAGGCCCAGACGAGCGGACAUGCUGCGGAGAGUGUAAAAGAUAAGGCGGAGAAGCACCAAAGCCACGGGUCGUGCAAGAGUUGCGGAUCGCUGGCGGACAAAUGUUCGUGCGAGAACUGCCAGUGUCAAGUUUGCGCUAGCAAGACUAGCGCUGCGAAGGAAAUCGAGCCUCCGAUCAAGUCGGCCACGUCGGCGACCGUUGUGUGUGGUGGCUCGUGCAUUGCCGCUGCCCAGCGUGCUACAGCUGGAGAAUGUCCGGGAUGUGAGUGCCCUGCUGGCAAGUGCAAGUGCUCCAAGUGUCAUGAUAAAAAAGACGAUGGAGGAAGCUGUACUGCGUGUGACUGUCCGUCCGGCGGAAAGUGCCCUUGCACAACCUGCAAGUGCCCAGUGUGCAAGUCCACGUGGGCCGUCAAGAUGUGAGAGUUCGAUCUUUUGAGCGUGAAGAAAAUCGUGCUUGGAAGGAUGCGGUAGCGAUAGGUUUCACACGAUAAACCGAAGCAUACGAGCGUUGC